CCUUCAGCUCCGGACAUUUCAUACAGGAAAACCAAUCCAUCUCACCUUCGGACAUAAGCAGUCAGCUGAUCGUCAGUGAAUAGAGCACCAGUCCGAGCUCGGUGUAUACCCAUCGUCGGUGUUUUACUUCCGUUCUCUCAGUGAGUACACCUGCAGAUUUCACCGUGGAGUCCCAUUACCUUCAAGACGCAAGAAUGGCGAGCAUGGCCUAUGCCCCUCCAGUAUCAGCACAGAUGCCUUCCAGUAAAGGUCCGCCGUACUCUGUCAACGGUAUCAGCUUGUCAGCUCCUAAUGUCGACAUGUUACACCCAGCUAUGGGCUAUCAAGGUCUUCAUUUUGCUGUUUCAGCAAACCCGAGAAAACAGCGACGAGAGCGUACAACCUUCACCCGGGCCCAGCUGGAUGUGCUAGAAGCCCUGUUCCAGAAAACCAGAUACCCAGACAUAUUUAUGAGAGAAGAAGUUGCUCUCAAAAUUAAUCUACCAGAAUCACGUGUUCAGGUAUGGUUUAAAAACAGAAGAGCGAAGUGUCGACAACAGCAGAAAGCACAGGAAGCUAAGAGCAAAGGUCAAGGUCCACCUCAGAAUCAGGCUCCCAAAAAGUCCAAAACCCCACCCCCACCUACGACGUCGCCGGGUGGUAGCGUGUACAAGUCUCCAGUGGUAACUAGUCCUUCAAACGGUAACGUCAACAGUCCAUCGUCCAUCUGGAGUCCAGCGUCCAUUCCGACCGUCAACGACAUAAUGAACACAAGUAGCUGUAUGCAGCGAUCAGCCUACCCGAUGAGCAAUUCCCACCACCAAGCCCCACCGUACUCAGCCCCUAACUACGGACACUCCGGCUACUAUAGCAACAUGGAUUACCUCCCGCCCAUGCAGCUUCCGGUGAUGGCAGCCAAUCAGAUGUCGAAUCCGACGACAAUGUCGAGCAUAACGAACAGUCACAGUGCUCAGAUGUCCUCACCCUACGGUCCGAUCCACCACGGCAGUCAGGCAGCUCUCUCACGGACAAACCCUGCCGACUGUCUCGACUACAAAGACACAUCCUCAUGGGGAAAGUUUCAAGUGUUGUAAAACUUUUUAGCGGUAAAGUUUUAAAAGACGUUUUUAGGGGCAAACAUUCCAGAGGAUGUUGUUGCAUUUAAUAAAUGCUUGUGUCGAGACACAGGCUGUAGGGAUGCUCUAGCAUGCGCCCUGAGGUCCUCCCGGAAUGCGCCAUGGGGUACUGGACCCCAGAUUUCUGGCCACGGGCUCAAGGACCUUAGCUAUUUAUACUCACACCCGGGGUGCCGCUGGACCCCUGUCAGGCCCUUGACCCCACAAGACCUCGACGCCUGCGAAUUCAACCUCGGCGUUCUCAUCAAAUGUGCUCACUUGAGAAAACAUCAUCCGUUCUUGUUGUGGGAAAUAUCUGCAUAAUCUUGAACACCAUCCUCUGUGUGGGAGAUUCCCCCCGCUAUUUAUAUGCUCGUUUUACCAUUCCUUUUAUUUAUCUUGAGGGCAUAAUUCAGUGUACAUAGUCAUAUUGUUACAUGUGUUUUUAGUUCCCAUUGCAAUAUUUCUGACUGAACUUUAUUUGAGAUGAGUCGGAACAAAUGGUUACAAAAUGUUUUUGUUGUUGCACCCUGACCCAAGAGAGUAAAUUAUGUGAGCUCAGUAACUGUACCCUCCGCAGCCUUUUGUUAAUAUGUCCCCGUACCCUUAUAACUGGUGAAGGCGGCGACCUGGCGGGUGUUAUAGGUAAUAGCUGGCAUUUACUGAUGAUCUCAGUCUACAGGGUCAUGCAGGGCAACGAAUUGAAUUUUAUCACUGUAUAUAAGUAUAUAGUCAUAUACGGGCAGUUGUGCAUUGAAAAUGUCCAAGCUGGGCCUGGAGACAGACAGACAGACACUGGCGAGAUAAGCUUGGACCUAGCCUCUUUGCGCAUGUGCUCGGGUGCACAUGGUUACAUAUCACUGUAAACGAUUUACCUCAAUGCAAACAGUAUUUUAUACACUUGAAAAUUUUAAUUCCUGUGUUUAGAUCAUGUGGUUUUAAAAUCUGGAAUCUUUCUUAAUGUUUUGAUGAAAUCCACUUG